UGAAAUCUCGCGUCAGCGAGACGUAGAUGCGUUGAGCUCAAUAUCGCAUAGUGCUCUUUACGACACGUACGAUAGCGUGUUCUAAAAAGAAACGCUGUGUAAUCUCGCGAAAGAACUGUCAGAAACAUACGCUGGAUUAAAUCCUCGUUCUCGUGACGGACGAUCUCGAUCGACUCGGUUAGGAGCGACAGAAGUUUGGAAAACAAGCAGCUAUUUAUCGCGUCCGAUAAAUUCAGAAGGGAAAAGAGUCAGGAAGAAAGGAGUGUGUUAAGGGUUGCGAAAGGAGAAUCGCGAAAUGAGUGUCGAGGACGCCAUCAAUUACUCGCCCAGCGAGGAGGAGGACUAUUACGCACUGUUAUCCUGCGACGAGUCUUCCACGAUUGAGCAGAUUACGGCGGAGUAUAAGGUAUUAGCUCUUCAAUAUCAUCCGGACAAGAACGAAGGUAACAAAGAGGCCGAAAAAAAAUUCCAACAAUUAAAGUAUGCGAAGGAAGUUUUAUGUGAUCCUGAAAAAAGGAGCAAUUAUGACAAAUGGCGAAAUAGUGGUAUCAAGAUUAGUUACAAGCAGUGGGUCGGCAUGAAGGAACAUGUGCAGCAGACUAUGCACUGGAGCACACCGAAGACAAAGGACAGAAUGCUGCCGGAUACGACUGGAGAGACAGGUGGUUCACCGGCUCAUCUCAAAGGUCAUCCCACAAAUGUUCAUAGAAGGGCUUCAGAGGGUGGUGCCACUAAUCUCUAUUAUCGUUCGGGCCAUGGAGUUCCAUUCGACUAUCAGGAACCGAACGAGGUCGUCAGUAAGUUUCGCAAUUAUGAGAUUUAAAAGAGAUCCCGAACUUAAUUCUCAUCGGUACCGACUUUAUUAUACCGGAUGUUCUUAUGGAAACAAAAAAAUGUUGUACUAGAUAAAUAUAUCUACCUGUAUACAAGUGUAUAGGGCGUUGGUUAGAUUACAUUAGCAUACACGUAUCAAAAUAAUUGUACGAAAGAAAUUUCGAUCGCAGAUCAUUAAUAUUUUUUUUUUUUGAUCUUGUUUAUAUCCAACAUUGCACAGAAAUUUUAAUUAACAAUCCGUUAUCGUUUCACUUCGACAAAUAGUCGAAAUGAUCGUAAACAUUUAUCUGACAAAAUUCUGUGGAAAUAAAAAGUGUAUGUGUCUAUUUUCAAUCUUGGAUAUGUAUUUCGGGCGACUUGUUUUUUCGUUAUUCAGGAUGCAUGCCAAUUUGAUCCAACAAACGACUCUGUACACCAGUACGUGCUCGCGCGAUCGCGUGUAUACGUAUAUGUCGCCUUCAGAUUUAUAUUUUGUUAUACUAUACUAAAGACGACGGGAGAGGAAAGAAUCGAGGAACGCUAUAAAGGACGUUUGAUAUUAUUUAAGCUCUCUCUCUAAAAUAAUUCUUGGAUAAUGUCCCUUGAAUAACGUCCGACUGGACCAGUUGUGAAUAUUUGAGAAAUCGAGUCUCUCGAUCGCGCAUUCCAUGUCUCUUGAUCUAAUAAAAUGUUUAGCGACAAAAGUUAAACGAUGUAGAAUUGACGGGGGUGUAUAGUUAUCUGUGAUUCCGCGAAUGAAUUUUCCACUAGAGAUUAACUGGUCGUUUCAACCGUAUAAACACUUUAGAACGAAAUACUCAAGUAUCUGUUCAAUGAAGCUGUCGAGUUUGCGUAUAUAUUAUAGAUAAGAAUCCCCGAUAAAAUUCGUAUUUUUUAAACAUUAAUCAAGUAUAAAUGCUUUUAUUUGAAAAAUCAGAUAAUUGUCCGUGUUUUUCAACACGAGUAACUUGCAAUGAUAGAGAGAUGCACAUGUUUUCUAAAAAUAUCGAAUUUAUACGUACAUAUCUAUAAUAUAUCGAUACGUAAUAGAAUUGAAAAUGAUUAAAUCAGGAUCCUGGAAGAACGUUGAAAACGCCGGACUUACUAAAUACGAUGUUUUAAUGGAAAUAUAUAAAUAUAUAAUCCUAAAACUCUUUCUAUUAAAAUAUAAAAUAUAAAAAGAAAAUUAGUAGUUUAUAUUAUAAAUUGUUAUAUUUAAUGUAAUAGCUAUAUAUUAGUAUAUAUAUAUAUAUAUAUAUAUAUAUAUAUAUAUAUAUAUAUUUUGUUUAAUAAAUGGUAUCGAUUCGUGUAGAGUUGUCCUCAAUUUUCAACAUUCUUCCGAGAAUUCGUUUGAUCAUCAUUGCUACAAUAUUUACAAAUUUUAAUAUCAUGAAACGUUGAAGUGCUUAAGUAUUUCUUUCUAUAAUGAAGCAAAUCGACGAUGGCGCACUUGUACCUGUGUCCGAUGUCAAACGUAAAAUACAUCAUACUUUCCCGACGACAAUCGCGACUUCUCUGUUCUGUUUCUUUAAAUAUUAUGCGAUUCACAUAGAUGUAGAUUAUAUAUAUAUAUAUAUUUUUUUUUUCUUUUCAUAAAAUGAAAAAUGUAAAUCGACACGAUUUGGAUAAACCAUUUUUUGACGUUAUAAAAGAAUCAUACAUGAUUUAAAAUAAAUAAUAAAGAUAAAUAAAAAUAGUAGAUAAAUAGUGAACAGUUUUUACGCGCGGUGUUUGUAGCGUCAAGAUUUGAACUUGUCGAAAUUAUAUCAUUUAGAAAAAACAAUUAGAUUCUUGAUGGAAUAUCGCGAAAAUUAUGCAUCGCAUUUUGAUCUUGGAUCUUUUCAGUGCUCUAUAUAGUAGUCGUGAUAAUUUGUCGUCGGUGAAUUGAUUGCGUUUGGCAUGUAAUUGAAAAUGCCUAUUUAUAAUCGGCAAUUAAUAACAACUUAGCGAUAAUUAAUCCUGAAUGUGUCGAUGUGUAUAAUCUUACAAUAAACGGUAAGCGUCGGCCCGGAUAGCUCGUCUUUCCCUUAAAUGCAUUAAAGUGUCAUUAAUCCUUUCUGAUUUUGACAUUUCCGAGCUGAACGCAUCAUCUGUCUAAACAUUUGUGUAACAUAAUUUAUAUUAGAGUUGCAUUUGAGGUCUUUAAAUGUUUGGCAUAUGAAAAAGAAUAACAUAAAGUUAAAAAUAAGUAAUAGAGAUUAUUUCACAUGCAUAUAAAUAAAAAAAUACAUAUAAACAAAUAUAAUAUAAUUUUCUACAAGAAAUAAUUUUAAAUGCGUUCGAUUCGAUUAUGCUAAAAUGAAACUGGAAAAUAUUAAUGACAUUGAGUGUAUUGUAUGUUUCGCCUGGAUUUUAAUCGAUCUCUUUUUCCUCGCACAAAAAGAAUAUAAUCUUUCUUAUCUCUCGCUCAAUAAGGUCCAAAACAUAUCACGAUAGGUCCAUUUCGUCUUCCCGUUUUGUUUCCAAUUUCCAACAAAGGAACCAAACUAAAAUACGUCUUAUCUAUACAAAGUAAGACAGCGGGAUAAUAAUUGAGGUCAUUGGGUAAAUCGAGAAUUCAUCUUGCGCUUAUAUAGGCGCAGUACAUGGGCUAACAAAUAGUAAAUACCAAUGGAGAGAAGUAAAAUCAAUACUAUUAACAAUGAAGAUUUCAUGACAUUUGUAUUUUAUUUUCAGACCAUCAGAUCAAUUUUUUUUAAUGAUGAGAUGAAUCUCUGUCGAGAAAUGAUAUAUGUACAAUAUAUGCGGAGGAGUGAUUAUAUAAUAUUUUUAUAGGUCUUGCAUAAGAGAAACAAUGCAAUGAAAAAUUAAAUAAUAAAAUUAGGUAAUUAAAGAAUCGAUUAUUUUCCAAGGGUCUCAAUUUCCCUGUUUGAUUCUAAAUGUUAGAGUUCAUGUUAGGAACGGUGAAUUAAAGAUUUAUUGUUUAUCACGAUCCAAUUUGCGUUGAAAUACGCGAUACAAUUUAUUACAAAUAUGUAAAGCCAAUAAGAAAAUGCAGAUCAGAUUGUUAUACCGAAACACUAUCGCGAUCGAGUGUUUUCGAAAUAAGCGCUUUUAGAACUGAAAAUUUAAAAAAUGUAAAAUAGCAAAUAGAUAAAUAAAACUACUCAAAAAAUAGAGUAAUAAAGAAAAAAAAAACAAAGAGUUAUUAUUAACGUAAAUGAGACAUGUCUUUUUGAAAUGUUUUUUUUUUAAAUCUUAGAAAGAUGUUGAAGUCUUGUUGAAGCACUCUCUUUCUUUUUCCAUCAUUUCUUUCAUUUUCCUUAGAUUUUUUGUUGAGAAAACUAAGCAGAUAUUUUUAGUUGUUUGACUUGCCUCUGUAUCGGCUCUUUGCUCGAUAUUAAUGCGCAGUCAAUCAAAUUAGUCGAACAUAUAACCGUUCGUUCACGUUUCGUGGGAUUCGCUGCGCGAUCGAUCUUUAUCUAGAUUUGCGAAAUGAUAGACGCAUAGCUAAAUUAUAUAUAUAUAUAUAUAUAAAAUGACAUAUCUUGGAGAAUUGCAUUUAAUAAAUAUGCCAUAAAGAAGCAAAGAUUGAGAAAAAAUAUAUUUCUUAUAUUUCAAUUUAUUUCGAACAAAUCUUUCGAGAGAUCUCUCAAUUUUUUCAAUUUUAAUUUUUUCGAGAAAGAAGGCUUUGUGAAAAGUUUUGUAAUUUCCACUUAUUUUUUAUUGUGUAUACGAAACAUAUAGAUUAACAGUUUAUUACAAUAUUUUAUAAUAAAAGUUAAAUAGGCAAUGCAAAUAUUAAUUUUUGGUGUGAAUUUUUGAUGUUAUAAUUUUUUAUAUUUCUUGUACGUAUUCUACACUAAUAUUUGUCAAAAGAUUCUUUUGCAAGAAUAUUUGGAUUAAAAAUUUUUUCGAUUAAAAAAUUAAUCAGGUAAAAAUUGAUCGAGCAAAUCAUAAAAAGUUUUAAUCUUGUUGCGAAUGCACCACGAAGUUUAGAUUAGGCCGGCACACCGGGUAACGGCGUUCACAAAAUUUCUUUAAUCUGGUUUACUGAUUUCUUCAAGUUUCGAAGAAAAUAGCAACUAGAUCGAUAGGUUAAAGUUAAACGAAGAAUCUGAAGAAAUUGUAAAAAUAAAAUAUUUUCUCUCUGGCAAGUUGAUAACAGCCGAAAAAGAAAAAUUAAAAGAAAUGUUACUAUUUAUUAAAAUAUAUUCGCAUAAUUUUGCGCAAAUAUACGUAUGUGUGCAAAACGUGAAAAAAAAAUAAUGUCGUCCAAGAUUUGCGGCAUUUAUUAUUGCUUCAUUUAUCAAGCAAAUCUGUUGAUAAUUGAUAUUGAAAUUUUGAAUUAGAUUAGCGAGACAUGUGUGUUGAUUAAAACGAAUAUGAAAGGCGGUUAAUUCUAUAACAGUUUUUUUCAGUAAUUCUAUUAUUUUAUAAGAAAGAUUUAACGAUAACAAAUUGCAAAAAGCUAUAUCCUCUCGCAAUUAAAAUUUAAUGAUAAAUGAGAUUAGGGUCGUGCGGCCGACUUCCCACUGCUGUCGAAAAUCUAUUGGACCACUCUGUAUAAUAUGUGCUUUAUAUCUAUAUUUUUCUAGACAGGCCCACGAUUUUGGUCUGCAGAGUGUUAUUUACACGCCUACAUCUUACGUACCUAUCUAUCGUUUACGAUUGACCUAUCGCGAACUCGUGAGAGAAAGGUCGGAGUCUGUUCAAAUUCCUAUCGAUAUGAUGUUCACGAUCAAAGACCUCGACGUUCUUUUUACGCUUCUACAUAAGCGCAUUUAUGGUAACACGAUUGGAUAAGGUGAAACUUGUACGUUCGUUAAAAAAAAAAAAAAAAACUAAAAAAGACAAACAUAAAUCUUAUUUCUCUCUUUAUCUCUAGAGAUUCUGUAUGAUUUAAAAAAUUUCAAUAUACCAAAUUAUGCUAAUUCUCCUUAAAAAUAUCAAAAUUUAAUUAAGUCUUUAGCUUCUGAUCUAAAAAUAUCAAAAGAAUAUCAUUUUAUAUUUUAUAUCAGAAUAUAAGAUAAAUAAAAAUAAAUUUUAAUUAAAAUUUUGUUACAGAAAGAUCAUAUAUGUACACAUAUAUACUCUAUAUAUAUAUAUAUAUAUAUAUAUAUAUAUAUAUAUAUACAUAUAUUGUAUAUAUGUAUAUAUAAAGAAAUUUUUUUCCUGGCUUUAACAUUUGUGAAUGGCAAGUUAUUAAUAGUGUUCAUUAGUCCUUUUUAAACUAAUUAUAUAACGUUAAUUAUACUAUCUAAUGUUUAUAUAAAAAUUGAUGGCCAUCUUUCACUUCAAUAUCUAAUGAUCGUGCUUAUUAAAUGCUUUAAACAAUUAACUACAAAGCUAUAUAUAUAAUAUGUAAAUUGUAGUUGUGCAUUAAUAAAUGUAGCGGAUUUCUGCUUUCUUAUGUGUUGAUGAAACUGAUGCCAUGAAAAUUAAUUAAUUGUUGAUUAAUGAUAAAAUAAAAUUAUUAACACGGCAUUAUACAUUUUAUCCCUUAAUUGGAUUUUAUUAACAGUAUGUUGAAAAUAUGUGAUAUCCUUAAAAAAGCCAAUAAUUGAAAAUUCUUCGAAAAAGAUAUUCAAUAUUGUUAAUAUAAUUGCGUAUAAAAGCGUAUAAAAUUUUAUUACAUACCAUUUUAUUAUGGUUCUUGUGUCAAUAGCUAUAAUAAAAUUUUCUCUAUAUUCAUACAUGAACGGAUAUUUAUAUAAAAAGAAAAAAAAUGUUUAAUAAAACGUUUAAUAAAAAAAUGCAUUUUUAACGCAUGUAAUAAAA